UUCAGCGAGAGACACAAUUUCUACGCAGCGGUACAACGACAAGGCGAAACGCACUCACAGUGGGCCGCGAGACUUCGUGGCCUGACGUCGCUUUGUGCCUUCAAGAAUGUGGAGGAAACGCUGCUCGAUCGCUUUAUUAUGGGAAUGAGGGCUUGUUAUGAAAAAGAAAAGCUGUACGCUCAGGAUCUGACUGGCCUUACGCUUGGCAAAGCUGUGGAAUACGCCGAAAAUGUUGCCACCGCGCGCGCAGCUGCCACCGCUAGCGCGAGCGGAGCGGGCGCCGCCGCCGCCGCCGCGGGCGCCGCGACGCUGGACCCGCUAUUAAAGAUAUCGCGCAGUACUAGUGCCCAUAAGGGACAGGCCGCGGCUAAGUCUAGCCGUUUAGCGAAGCCUAAGUGUACCACAUGCGGAUAUACCAACCACAAGACCGCGGAGUGUCAGUACAGUGAUUAUGUGUGUAAGAAGUGUAACGUUAAAGGCCAUCUACGUAGGGUGUGUCCGUCAAAAGUGAACUACGUAGACAAUGGAGCCGACGACGAGGACUUCGGAGACGAUGUGCUCACAGGACAAUACUAAUGUAUCUAACCG